AUGGAACACUUACCGGCGCCGGAGAAUGCUCAUCCCGCCGGAAAACCUUCCGCAGCAGCGGCGGCGGCGGCGGCGGCGGCGGCGGCAGAGCAGAUGAAGAUCGUCCUACUGAUCGUCUUCCUCUUAAGGUCGUCUGGUUCUCGCCUUCGCACGGCGCUGUCGCCGGACGGUCUCACACUGCUUGGUUUCAAAUCCGCCGUCUCCCGCGGUCCCUCCUCCGUCAGCCUCGCCGGCUGGGAAUUUAGUAUUAGUUAUUUAAAAGAAAAAAUCAUAGAAAUUAUUAAAAUUAUCAAAAAGAUCUUAAAAUUUGCCAGAAAAUCAAGAUUAUCCUUGCGUUCGACCUGGAGUAAUAUCACUAAUUUUGGGAAAAAAAUUGUAUUUUAUAUUAAAUAA